AUGUGUCUUUCAUGGCACACUGUAGGUGUUACAGACUGGCUUCUUUAAACACAUUUAAAAUGUUAACUGAAAAUGCUAACAGCUACGCAUAGUAAUGAAAAAGUCUACCACAAGACUGAUGAAAUUCAUCUGGAAGAAGAAUUUAAUAUAGCAGCAAAAUCCUGAGCAACUGUCAAACAGCUCUUCUGUCAACACUCACUUAACAAAGGCUUUAGAUGAUCUUUACUAGAGAAAGACUAUCCUUAGCUGGUUAGAAGUGAAGGUAGAACAGCUUGAUCCCCCUGUAAUGGGAGAAAAGUCUUCCAGUAUCUCGAUGGCCUGAAAGUUUAGUUUGAUAAAAGCAACACAGUUAUUUUUAGCACUCUACAGGCAUAAAAAUACAGCUCUAAACUGUGACCUACAGCUAUGCACAGCCAAGCAUCACAUCAUACGACAGCCUUAACUUUAGCUAGAAGCACGUCUGUAGUUGCUUCAGACUAUCAUUAUUCAUCUCACUUCCAACAAUACCUUUGGAUGGAUUUAGCAACAAGCAUUUGAAACCGUUGCCAUCUUUUUUUAAAUUGCUGCCAUCGGCAAAACUCAAUUCAAAGCAGUAGUAACAGCCUGGAAACGGGAUAUGCUAGAAUAAGAGAUCUUCAAGCAAACCCACCUGAAACAACAUUGUUCACAGACAACUGCAAAGCUUAAAAAUGCCACUUUUUGGCUGGAUUAAAUGGUCAAAAAAUGACUCCUACAAACCCACAAGAUAUCCUGGAUCAGAAGUAGUUACAAAAACCCUACUGAGGGAACUGAAAUGGCACCUGAAAGAGCGUGAAAGAUUAGUGCAAGAGAUUGAAAAUGAACAGAAAGUCCAGAAGACUGGCACGGAUUACAACUGGAUCAAGAACUACCAAAACCCUCAAGCCACAAUUCCAGCUACUGAGCAACGGCAGCUUGAAGUUCUGUGUUCACAAAUUCAGCCUUGCCAAACAGGAACUGUACUCAGCAGAUUUCGUGAAGUUUUGGCAGAAAAUGAUGUUUUACCCUGGGAAAUAGUCUACAUAUUCAAGCAAGUUUUAAAAGAUUUUCUUACCACCACUGAGAGAGAAAACCAGCAAGACCAACUGGCAGACGCAUGGAAUAAAAAUUGCUCUGAACAUUUCAGCCUGCGCGGAGGCAGUUCUAACAAAUCUGACAAAGAUGAAAUCCCCACGGUUUCAAGUUAUGUGGACAAAAACACACAAAGCAUGUUUCCCACCUUCUCUCAUAGAAUCUGGAAUCUACCCUAUUACUACCCAUCAAGUUAAGCUGGUUUGUGUUUCUUUCAAAAAGCUAUGUAGCUGUCUGCAUUCCUUUCUUGUGAUCACAAACAUCGGAAUAAGUAGUGUGACAUUCUCCCCUUUUUUCCAAGUUCAGAAAUUAAAAUCCUUGAUUAUAGCUAGUAUGCAGCAAACAAACUUUACAUAUGAAGUCUCCUUCUAUCUUAUAGUUCCUUAAGUAUGUUGUCUUGGAAGGCACCUUUUAACCAAAAAUUUAGCUGUUUCUGAAAAAAACUCUGGAGCAUUUUAUUUUUUAGCCAUAUACAGCUAGAUGUAUUUAAACAAGAAAAGACUGCUUUCCGUAUUUUGAAGUAGUAUCAAUCCACAAAGUGUUAGGCAAAACGUUCUGUAUUUGUCACACAGCUUUUAGACUCUAUGGGAACUUUAUCGUGUGCAAAAUAAAUGGUUUAAUAUAGUAUCAAUUAUACUAAAUAUACUGGUAAAUACUUUUUUGAGCCAAAUACUUAUUUCUUAACUUCAAGAGUUAAAAUUCUAAAAUGAAAACAAUGUCUGAAGUUAUAACACACUGCAUGUACUGUUUCUGUACUUUUUCCAAACUGUACUCUGCAUGUGCUGAAGUACUGUAAUGGUAGACAACUAAAUGAAAAUAUCAGAUGUUUAAUGGCAUUUAACAACUAGCUCUCCAUUCAAGAAAUUAAUGAAUUUAUUUUAUUUCAAAAAGUUGUACUUCUUCAUUUGGCUUAUUGGAAGCUAUCCUGAAAGCAGGACUCUGCAUUAAACUUAAAUGUUUUGAUCAAACCAGACAGUACUUUUCUAGAAUGGCAAAAGAGUCAACACAUCUCCAAAGCAAGAGGUGAUAAUUUUAAAUUUAAGUAGAACAAAAUUUCAUGGUUUUCAGCUGCCAUCACCUAUUACCAUGGGCUCAUAAUAAAGUUUUACAAGACUGAUUGGAUACGUAGCAGUUAGUCACAGUAGACAAUUAGAGCAGAAAAUCGAUGAAAACAUAUGCCAGAACUCAGUUUGCUACAUUUCCAAUUAAGCUCCCUUCACUGUAUGUAAUAAAUUUUUACAUAUCUUUUAUGUAACCUCUUCAUCUCCAGAUUUCCUUUUAAACUGUCUGUCACAUCGUAAAAAAAUGGGCAAGACUUACAUGGCUCCAUUUACAAAAUGCACUAUUUUGCAGACACAGAAGAAAACUGCUUCCUCUGAUAAUUUUCUUCAAACACACUGAAG